CUAGCUAACUCUUUCUGUCGUAAAAUUCUCUUCUGUAUCAAAAAUGUCCGAAGGAGGUAGCCAAAUCUGCGACAACACUUCAACUCUGCAAUCGAAGGUCCGAUCUAAGAAAACUAGGCGAAAGAUCGAUCCUAAUGAUUGCUCUUCAGAACUGAUCAUGCCGGGGGAGAUAAUCUCGACGACGAGCAGAGUGUAUGAAAGAAGUGAUGUGAAGAAGAAAGGGAAAAAGCGUAAAGUUGCCAAGGAGUCGACUCAUGUUACUCUAAACGUGAUGGGUGAGGAUGAGGAAGGUGUAAGAGUGUUUAAGGUGAGAAGGGACACUAAGUUGCUUAAGUUGAUGGAACAAUACCACGAUUUGAGAGGCUUCGAGUGGAAUACAUUUCGUUUUCUAUUGGAUGGUACGAGAAUUCGAGAGUAUAACACACCGGAUGAGCUGGAGCUUAAGGAUGGAGAUGAAAUUGACGCAAUGUUGUAUCAACCAAGGAUUCUCGUGUAACAGUACACUUCUGUUCCAUCUUCUAUACUAAUAUUUAGAGUUUUUGAGGGUUUAUGGUGUGGAUGUAAUAAUACACAGAUUCAGAUUUCUAAAUCCAUAUAUAACCACUCCCCGAAUUUAUCUUUAACCUUCUCUUGUUGGGUUUUGGAUUUUGUCAAGUUCAUUUGUAUCUGGAAUUCUCA